CUCCACACCCGGCUCUAUCAGAUAAAGGCCUCGCAAUCAGAUAGCAAACUAUACCUCAGACAAUGACACGAACGAAAAGUACAGCGCGACGCAGCUUUCCAACAUGGCCUCUCUCCCUCAAGACUGUUCGCUACAACCUGCAUACGACGACGACGACAAAAAACAGGCUCCCGAAGACAAUUGCGAAGCUGGUACUCGGGCUUUGAACGAGGGUGACUUGCGUCGCCUGUAUCGCAAGGUCGAUAUGGUCAUCCUACCUGUGAUUUGGCUAUGUCAGGGGGUUCAACAAGCAGACAAGCUGGGUCUUGCGACGCAGGCAACUAUGGGAUUGCGAAAAGACACUCACCUGGUUGGACAACAAUUUGCAUACUUGAAUACCAUUUUUUUUAUCGCGUUCCUCGUCUGUCAAUGGCCCGCUCAAUAUCUGUUACAGAGAGGAUCGCCGCGAAUCGUUCUGACACUGGCGGUUUUGGGAACGGGUAUCAUCGUGAUGUGUGUUGCGUUCGCUCGAAAUUGGGCCGGUUUGAUGGUCAUCAGGGCGGUUCAAGACGGUAUUGAAUGCGCUAUCCAACCCGGUAUCCUACUUGUCAUCGGAAGCCUGUAUACAAGGCAGAUGCAUGUCACUCGGAGUUUGGUUUGGGGAUCCGCCAAUGCAAGCUUCAACAUCUUUGUCGAUUGGGUCAUGUACGGAAUCGGAAAGGCCGCGGACGCUCAUCCCAACGGCCUCGCUGCGUGGAAGGGUAUUGCGUUUUUCCUUGGGGGAUUUACAAUCCUCCUUUCACUAGUCGUCUACUUCACCCUAGGGACUUCGAAUGAGCUGCACUGGCUCACUCCAGACGAGAAGGCGAUGAUCAAGGACAGACUCGAGGCUGAAAAGCUAGUAGGUCAAGAUCGCCACCGAAACUGGGACAAAGAAGAGGCGACGAGGGCUUUGAGAGAUCCUCAAACUCACUUCUUUUGGCUGGCGACAAUGUUGAGCGCCAUGCCGUCUACCGUCAUCACAACUUUCGGCCGUCUGAUAUACAAAUCGUUCGGGUUCUCUUCAUUGGAGGUGCUGGACAAAGGUACUAUUCCUCGGCACGUCCUGUCCAUCUUCUGGUUUGUCAUCGUCGGGCUGAUUUGUCACAAGAAGAAGAACUUCCGUCUCGUCAUGGCCAUCGCAGGGCUAGUGCCUGGUUUUGCUGGUUUGCUUGUCGUCGGACUGUUGCCAGCCACGCCUUCCAAUCAGUGGCCCAAAUGGGUGGGCUUGAUGAUAUCAGUGACAACGGUUCCUAGCAGCUUCUUGGUAUGGACUCUGAUCCCAUCGAAUGUCACAAAUCCAACGAGGAAGACAGUUACCAGCUCGUUGACGUUUAUAGCCCUUUGCGCUCGAUAUGAACCUGACGUCUUCACACGAACAGUCGGCUCCCAGAUCCCAAGAGCAAAAGACGCGCCAACUUACCUCCCAGCAGUCAUAGCUUGCAGCGCCAUCAUAGGAGCAGAAAUUGCACUAUUCAUCGGUAUGCGAGUUUAUUACAUUCACGCCAACAGACGCUUAGCGUCUCGAGCCACCGAUGUCCACAGACAGUGA